AUGCAGUUGCAGAUCCCGCCCCCGGCUUCACGGGACUCCGGUCGCUCAACGGAACCCUCAGUGGAGGGUCGCAGCCCCAAGCUGUCGGUGCGAACCGGAGAGUCUGGCGAUCAUCCGAGAAUAACUAGUCCGCGGGCCAACAAAAGCCCCAAUCAGAAAGAACAGAGGAACAAAGCUAGAAGAAGUAUACCCUUGUAUGCUUUGGUGUCAAGAAAAAUUGUUGACAACAGGUUUUUCAUGAUUUUCACCACACUUCUCACUUUCUAUGCGUUGACGGCAGACGACUUGAGGAUAAUCCUCACGGAGAAGCCGGCAGACAUAGUAUUCAACAUCAUGGGUUUAAUUUGUAUAGUGGUUUUUAUGCUGGAGGUGGUUCUCUCUUGCCUGGGGAAGGCUGACUACUACCUGGGUUUUUUCUUCUGGCUAGAUGUGAUCAGCACGGCGACACUGCUGCUUGACCUAACAUGGGUCAGUGAGGCUAUCCAGGGUGGUGGCGAGGGUGGUGAUGCCUCGGACCUGCGGUCCGGCAGGACAGCCAGGGUUGGCGCUCGCGCUGGGCGUGUGGUUAGAGUCCUUCGACUGGUGAGACUUCUGAAGCUUUACAAAGCGUAUUAUGAGGCCAAACAGAGAAGGUUGGAACGAGAAAGAAGAAAGCAAUCAGGUGAAGACCUGCAGGAUGACUGGGAUGAAGAAGACUACGAAGCAGUCGAAAGAGCGGAAGGGAAGGCCAACGAGAGUCGGGUAGGGAAAAAGCUGUCCGAGAUGACAACGAGACGUGUCAUCUGUCUCAUUCUCGCGAUGCUUCUGAUCCUGCCGCUGCUCUCCAAGGAGUCUGCAGAUCAGACACCGUACUCGGUCAGCUAUGGCGCCAACGAAGUUUGGCAGGCUUUUAUGGCCAAGAUGGGGAACACCUCAUCUGCUGCACAGCUUGCCACGAAGUCGUACGAUGAGGCGCUUCUGGAAUAUGUCUAUUAUCACAAUUGGUACGUCGCGAACCACCAGGGGAUCUAUUGCCCGACUGCGAAUUGUGCUGGAAGAUUUCUAGGCUCCCUGUUCUGGAUUGGCCUGGCAGGGCCUCGGGGCGAGGUGGACUUGAGUUCCAUCUUGCAGUACACGCAGCUGAAUGCCACGGUUGUGGCCGGCUUUGAGAGCAGUCGCAUCCUUGCGUACAAUACCCAGGACCUGUGGAUGUCCUUGGGAACCCUGCCACCCGAAGUUAAGGCAACUUUGUCAGAACCAUGGGCAGAGUCGUGUGCGACGUCAACGAUUGACUUGUUCGGUUUGUCGCUACUGAAGAGCCCCGUCAGUGGCUUGAACAUCCACCAGGUGGCGUGCCCGUUAGAUCUCCGCGCGACGGAGAUUCAGGCGCAUUUCACGCAAUUCAUAGUUCCUCGCCAGCAGUCAUACUACCUCACGUUCUACUAUGACAUGCGACCUUUUAAUCGUCAGACCUCAGCGUUCAGCUUGGGCGUGACGUUUUUCGUCAUGGUCCUUCUAGUGACCGCAUCGCUGAUGUUUACGAGCGAUGCCAAUCGACUGGUGCUGCGCCCUGUUGAAAAGAUGAUUGAGCGGAUCGAGGCCAUUCGAGAUAAGCCUUUGCUGGCCAUGAAGAUGGCCGAUGACGAGUUCAAGGCUGAAGAAAUCAAGAAGGAAAGUAUGAUGAGGAACAAGCAGAAGCCACUGAGAAGAAUCGCUAUGGAAGCCUCCAGACUAUGUGCCUCUCGGCCAGAGGUCAUGGAGACGGUGAUUCUGGAGAAGACCAUCAUUAAGCUUGGAUCUUUGCUUGCCCUGGGCUUCGGCGAAGCUGGUGCCGACAUCAUUGGCAAGAACAUGAGUGGCUCCGACUCGGCUGGUGUGAACGCCAUGGUGCCAGGGCGCAAGUGCGAGUGUAUAGUCGGCAUUCUUCGUGUACGCGAUUUCAGCACCGCCACGGAGGUCCUCCAGGCCAAGGUCAUGAUGUUCUCCAACCAAAUAGCGGAAAUCGUCCAUGGAGUUUGCAAUGAAUUCCACGGAGCUCCGAACAAGAAUACUGGUGAUUCUUUCCUGGUCAUUUGGAAGGAGAGCCAUGAUGCAGGAUUGGAUGGUACCGAGCUGAUGCAGAAAUAUGCAGAAGGUGCCAUAGUUUCCUCUGCAUGCGUCAUUGGCGCCGUGCACCAUUCGCCUCUGCUCGGCAGCUAUAGAGAACACCCUGGGCUGCAGUAUCGACUGGGCUCGAACUGCCGGGUGCACCUGAGCAUCGGCCUUCACAAAGGAUGGGCCAUUGAAGGUGCCGUCGGCAGCGAGUUCAAAAUCGAUUGUUCAUAUCUAUCGCCGAACGUGAGCAUCGCCACGUCCAUCGAGCGAUCCACUGAAGCCUAUGGCGUGUCGGUUAUGGUGGCACAAUCAGUUGUUGAUCUGUGUGAUUACCCCAUCCGGUCCCAGUGCCGAUUGAUUGACAAAGUCAUCGUGAGAGGCUCUCCAGCACCGAUGGAGCUCUACUGCAUCGACCUGGAUUACAUGAGUGUGGAAGUGGACUUGACGUCUCGACCCAAGGGGAUUGCCUGGAACACUCGACAAAGGUUCAAGGUCCGGCAGCAGAUAGAGCAGGAAAAGAAGGCAGUGCUCCACAAGGAUUUGGCAGAGAUCUUCGUAACAGACGAGGUUAUCCUGCAAAUGCGAGAGCGCUACACUGUAGAGUUCUUCCAGCUUUUCAACAUGGGCUACCAGAACUACUCCCAAGGGGAGUGGCAGGUGGCACGGCGAAUGCUGAUGCACAUCAAGAGCGACGUGGCGGCUGAAGAUGGCCCCAGCACGGCCUUGCUAAAAUUCAUGGAGGCGCCUUAUGGCUUCGAGGCCCCGAAGGGAUGGCAAGGAAUCCGGGAGCUGGCCAGGGCCCCAGGUGGCUGCACCGGCUGGGCACCAGCGGCGGAGCCUGCGAGCUGCACCAGCGGCAUGGGGCGAGCGCCCGCACGAGAGUUGCGACUGCACAAGCUGCAGACGGCACCUCUUUCACAAAGGGUAGCAGUUCUGUGGAAGAAGGAUGGAAACUUCAAGGACCUGUCGCCACCGGUGGCCAGACGAAUUUCAUUUGUGAGGAAGCCUGGAUGUGAUUUCAUUGUGGUGCCGUUCCAGCAUCGUCAAGGCGCUUCAAAGAUGGCAAUGUUCAAAAAGAAGAAGGACGAAGACAGGAAGCCUAUCGAGCAGGAGAUCGCUGAGCUCCAGCGGAAAUUCCGCGUCCUUGAGAACGACAAGAGAGCCUGCAGUGAAGACUCUCAAGGCACUAUUCGAAAACAGCGUGCCACCAUUGAGAAGCUUACGCGCGAAAAUCGCAAAAUGAAGGCAGAGCUCAACGAAACUCGAUCCAGCAGCGGCACUCAGGCAGAGGCCAAAAUGCAGCAGGAGACCAUCAACAGGCUGAUGGCCGACAAAGAGCAGCUCACUGCAAAGACAGACGGCGAGGAAGCUGAGGCAAAGAAGCUCCAGGACAAGCUCGACUCGACCCAGAGACGGAUCUUCGAGCUUCGAGAGGAGAUGGCCAAGAGCGGUGGUGUAAAUGCAGCACUCGACAACUCAAAGGCCAUUGCAAAGCAAAUCCGAAUCCUGGAGAAUAGACUGGACAAGGGCUUGCAGAAGUUCAAUGAAGCCAUUGCCGCCAAUCGCACGUUGCGCGAGCAGAUUGACACGCUUCGAAGGGAACGUGUAGUCUUCGACGACAUCUACCGAAAGUUAGAGAAUGAGUUGCAACAGAAAAAGAAGGAAAUGGCAAACAUCAUUGAGCAGGCAAACGCCGCCUAUGAAGCUCGAGACUCUGCUCAGGCGCAGAUGGCAUCCCUGAAGCAACAGGCAGACAAGGAGCAUGCCGAGUUCGAGAAGGAGUGGCGGGAGCUAGGUCGCCUCAUCGAGAACGAUAAGAGAAUGAAAGAGUUUAUGCGCACGAAGGUGCGUGGGAAUCAAGAGGGCGAGAGCAAGGAUGAGGACAAGCACAAAAAGAAGAUCACAAAGCACACAUGGGACACAACAAAGUCCCUGGUCACGAUGACUUCCAAUCAGGACAAGGUUGCCAGUUACGAGGAAGCUUUCGCACGCAUCCAGGCGGCUACUGGAAUAUGUGACAUUGACCAGCUGGUGCAGAACUUCAUCGAUGCAGAGGACACGAACUUUUCCCUCUUCAAGUACAACAACGAGCUCAGCGCAGAGAUCGAAAAGCUCGAACAGCAGAUCGCCGAGUACAAGGAAGAGUACAUUACUCUCAGUGGCCAGAGCAGCCGCAAGGAAGACACUGAGAAGGUUGCAUCCGCAGCGGCUCGUUUCCUCCACAUUAGCGGUCAGGACGCCUGCAGGAGAAGCUGCUUCCCAUCCUGUUUCGUCAUUGACCCUUCGGCCAAGCGAGAGGACCGCCUAGUUAUUGACACCAAGGGUGGCGAGGCGCUGUGGGCCGUGUUCGAUGGACACCGCUAUCCCGAGGUUGCCGGUCACGCUUCUCGCGUGUUGCCUCAGCUCGUCUGGGAUCAGCCAACUUGGCCCUCGAAGCCAGAAUUGGCCCUUUCUCAUGCACUGCAGCAGUGCAACGAACUGGCCAGGCAGGAGAAGCUCUGUGGAGGAAGCACAGCAGUGGUUGUUGCCACCUGUAAUGGAGCAUUGUGGUGCGCAUGUGCUGGAGAUUCACGUGCAGUUGUGGGCCUCAAGAGAGGUGGAAACCAACGUCUGAGCACAGAUCACACGUGCUCCCUGCCGGAAGAGGUGAAGCGGGUGAAGAUGUGUGGAGGAAGCAUCGCACUGGGAUGUUUGGGCGGAGUUUUGCCCAUGACGAGGGGGCUGGGGAAUUUCGACUUGGAGGCUGAAGGCUUCGCUUGCCUGCCCCAGAUCAGCUCUGUGGCGCUUUCAGAGGUUGAAUUUGUGGUCGUGGCUUCGGAUGGCCUCUGGGAUGUGCUCUCUGACGCAGAGUGCUGCGGUCUAGUGCGGAGCUUCUCUUCGAACAAUGUCGCAGCCGAGUUGGCUUCUGUUGCUCGAAGGCGUGGCAGCAGUGAUGAUAUUGCUGUCGGAACGAUCAUCGUUGAGAAAAUCUCCAUGAAUGUUGAGCUAAGGCUGAUGAGGAUUCCUGUAGACGGAUGCCCGACAGCAUCCCUCUCAGAUGUUGAAAAGCGUGCUCUGCUGUGGAAGCGGCCUGUUGCCAAGAUCCUUGAGAACUUGGAGGAGAAGUGGAACGACAUCGACCGGAAGGCCAUCACCUAUGAGGUGAAGCACCAGGAGUCGCAGCAGACCUUGUCUCACAUCAGGACCUGCAUCGAGUCCAUUUUCCGACGGCUCGGCUGCACCUCCGAGGAUCUGCCUUGUGGUUGCGGCAGUGGCAUCUCAGAAGCCAACAUGAUGGUGUAUCUAGCAAUCAUUGAGCAGCGAACCAAUGAGCUGCUGAAGAUGUACGACUCCCUCAAGCAGGAGGAUGACGAGUACGAGAGCACGAGGCCAGCAAGAACUGGGCAGACCUCUACGAGCUUGCAGAUGAAGCUCCCGAGCACAGUAGAGGACUACUCAGAUGAUGAAGAUGACGAAGACGAGGAUGACCAGAGGCCCUUCACACGGGACGAGCUGAAAACCAAAGCGAACAAGAACUACAACAAGAAGCAGAAGAAACCCAGGAAAACUGGAGCACCACCAGACAAAUAG